CUGUCGCUCUCUUCUUGCUCAUAUCCCAAUGAAAGACCUCCCUCUGUCUCUCUCCUUGUGUGUCCUCUUGUACUCUGUCAGUGCAAGAGGAAGGCAUGCUGCGCUUAUCAAACAGAAUCCACAGACAACCACAAUGCAUCGUAAACCAACCACAAAACAUCAGCUGUGGGAUUUUAGUAGUUCUCAAAAUAUUUGGCAUGCUACAUUAGUUUUAAGUGCAGCCUUAGUUGAUUUGCUUAUGUUACUGGAGAGAAAAUCACUAAAUUGGGUCAGCGACGUUUGAAAUGCUGUUGUCAAAUCAGUCAGGACACAGUGAGCUUGGUAGUGUGCCAUGGUAAAGUUAGUAUAUCUCUUUGAAAUCUUCUUAUUGUAACAAGCUUACAUGUUUGUUGUGGUUCCCAUUCACUGCUUUAAAAGCCUUGACAACACUGGACCUUCUGACUGUGUCAGGAACAUUUCUUAUCUAACUCUCUUAAAAGCAUGUUCACCAGGUACCUGCAGCAUUUAGGUGCAUCAUGUUGCUGUGAGCUCAGUCACAGGAGUGCAGUGCUUAAUGUGCCAGCAAUGCAUUUGUGAUGAAACUGAGCCCUUCAUCUAUAAACAGUAAUGCACGUGUCCCUAUGCAGAAACAACCUCAAGCUAUCCUGUCAGUAUUUAAUGUCCUAAUUAGACUUUCAUUUCAACCUCACAUUCCUCUCUCCACUUUGUCUGUCUCACUCGUCCUAUCCGCUUCUUUGCUUGUCUUCCUAGCUAGCACCCUCCCCCUCUAAAGCUAUUCAAGUGGCACACUGCAGGAUUAUCCCUCAGCCUCUGAGACAUGCUGGUUUGGUCAGACUUAUCGUCCUCUCUGGGUUCACUUUGUCCACAGAGGUCAAAGCUGCAAAAAUAAAAAUUUACAACAUAUCCUUAACAAUUUAAAGUACCAACUAUAAAGGACAUAUUUGGACUACAAAUUCAUACAUCCACAAGGAGGCUGUCGUUUAAAGGAGUUGUUUUUGAUUUCAAAUUUCUUUUUUUCCCCCCCAUAAUGGAGCCAACCAUGUGCAUGAGGAACCCAGCUUUGCUGCAGAGGACAGGUUUAGUCAUUAGAGUGCUUUGCCACAUCCAGGAAAAUGUCUGGCUCCUACGAUGAAAGUGCGGUUGCUGACGACACCAUGGACAGCUUCUGGGAGGUAGGGAACUACAAACGUGCUGUCAAGAGAUUUGAUGAUGGCCAUCGGCUCUGCAAUGACCUCAUGGGCUGCCUGCAGGAACGUGCCAAGAUAGAAAAGGCCUAUGGUGAUCAGCUAACUGCUUGGUCCAAGAGAUGGAGGCAGCUCAUUGAGAAAGGUCAGCAUUUGGGAUGGGGCCCACAAUAUGGCUCCGUGGAGAGAGCCUGGUUAGGUGUGAUGACUGAGGCAGAGAAGGUGAGUGAGCUACACCAAGAGGUGAAGAACAACCUGGUGAACGAUGAUGUUGAGAAAGUGAAGAACUGGCAAAAGGAGGCCUACCACAAGCAAAUUAUCGGAGGCUUCAAAGAGGCCAAGGAGGCUGAGGAAGGCUUCAAGAAAGCUCAGAAGCCGUGGGCCAAAAAGCUCAAGGAGAUGGAGGCAGCUAAGAAAGGGUACCACAUGGCCUGCAAGGAGGAGAAGCUGGCUGCAGCCCGAGAGGCCAACGGCAAGACUGAGGCUUCUGUUACGCCAGACCAGCAGAAGAAACUCCAUGAGAAAGUAGACAAAUGCAAACAAGAUGUGCAGAAGGCUAAAGAAAAGUACGAGAAAUCUCUGGAGGAGCUGAACAAGUGCACCCCUCAGUACAUAGAGAGCAUGGAGCAGGUGUUUGACCAGUGCCAGCAGCAUGAAGUCAAGAGGCUGACCUUCCUAAAGGAGGCCUUGCUGGACAUUAAACGCCAUCUUAACCUCACCGAGAAUCCAAGCUAUGCCACCAUAUACAGAGAACUUGAGCGCACGAUCCUGGGUGCAAACACACAAGAGGACCUGAAGUGGUUCAGCAACAACCACGGCCCUGGGAUGCCAAUGAACUGGCCUGCAUUUGAGGAAUACAACCCAGACCAGGCCGCUGUUCCCAUAAAGAAGAAGAAACCAGACGGAGCCCCACCCACUCCGAGCACUGACCAUGUGGCUCCACCUGGUGAUCGUAGCAGCGUGAGCAGCUAUGAUAAAAACCAAGUUUACUCGACUGAGUGGUCUGAUGAUGAGCAGCCUGCUUCGUACUCUGGCAACGAAAACGGUGGGAACGGGAAUUCAUUCGAAGAUGAUUCCAGCACUGGGAAAGGGGUUCGUGUCCGAGCUCUCUAUGAUUAUGAAGGCCAGGAACAGGAUGAGCUCACCUUCAAAGCAGGUGAUGAACUGACCAAGACUGAGGAUGAAGAUGAGCAAGGCUGGUGUAGAGGUCGUUUGGACACCGGCACAGAGGGACUCUACCCAGCCAAUUAUGUUGAGCCAAUCUAGUCAUGUUACUGGACAAGGACAUGCCAUUGGAGGCAGCUUGAACUGUCCCAUCCAAUUGCACCGCACAUAGCCAGAGACUUAAGAGCAACACAUCCCUUGCCCAACAGAUGCGCCAAGCAGUCUUGCCUAAAUAAAAACUUAGUAACCUAAAAGACAGUAUAUCAGUAUAAUAUAUUUUAUCCAGCAUUUGGGGUGGGUGGACUUACACAUUUAAAAACAGGAGCAGCGGUUAUUCCAGUAUAUACACACUCAACUAUAACAUCAAAACAGUGCAGGAACACAUUGCUUCUCUGUGUAGCUGUAUUUAACGUAUGAUGCAGCUUAUUUAAACUUGCAGUACACUGCAGUCUGUUCUCUUGUGAAAAUGGGAAGACAAUAUAUUCAGUUAUACCCAUUCGACAAACACAAGCUUCUGUAACCUGCAUUGUGUAUAUACAGUGUGAUGCCAUUUUUGUGUAGCAUUUUUAAUGCUGUGUGUGGUCAGUUGUCAUUCUUACAUCGGGAAUGCUGUGUAGUGUUAAAGUUACCACAGACAGAAUCCUUUAUUUUUAUCUUUUUUUUUGUUUUUCUUUGUGAUUUCGUCCAACCUCUUUUCCAGUGUGUGCAGUGCUAUGUGUUUUUAACUGUUUCUGAACUUGCAUAGCAGCAUGUGCUAUGCAACAACUUGCAUUCCCUGAAUUUUGCAGCCUCGUUUAGGCUACAACUUGAUGCAACACCUCUACCACUACAAAUGCAGACUACACUUUUUAGCAUCACAUUCUUCUGGACAUGCACAUGCUUCCGUUUUCAUGAAAGGAAGCCUGUUGAUGAACUGAUUUCAUGUUUGUUUGUUUGUUUUGUUUUUAACAUAGUUUUUUUUUUCUUAGCAUCACAGGCCGUUUGAUAAUAUCAUCUCCAUGCAAUGCAGGAUAUACAGUUUCUGCAGAAGCUUUCAUUCUUCGUUCAGUAAUUCAGGUCUCAUUUUAAUCCACUACUGUUAACAAGAACGGUGAUACAUUUCCUCAGAGCAAAGUUGGAUCAAGUCAUCUUCUUGAGGUUGCCACUGCAGUAUAACAGGGGGGUUUUGAACAAUGCCUGUGCCGGGCACUUUUCUUCCAGAGCGAGGGGCCAAUGGAGGCAUGUCAGUGUGUUAGUGCGCUACAGACGGUUGUCUGAAGAUCGAAGCCUCUCCAACAGGACAUGAAUGUACUUGUGUUUGGGCUUGAAAGAGGGCAUGUUGUCUAAACAUGGUUCUCUAUUGUCAGUUAAAGCCCUACCUAGCAAAAAGCACUAGUUAUGUGGCCCAUUUCCCUGCUGAGCCAAAGAAUGACCCAACACCAUCAACUAUCUGUUUUCUCUCCAUGCAAUAACUUCACAUAUCACAUAUUAAACAGCUUCAGUGAAAAUCAACUUGUAGCUGCCUCCCGGUCCACCCAAGCUUCAUUUGUCUACAAAACACUACGCAAUGACACAGGGAAUAUAUUUGUCACCAGUACUGCGCUGCAUGUAAGAUGACUCUUACACAGUGCGUCACAUGGUUAUUUUUAACUUGCUCUAUAGAAAUUAAAUUUAUAGCAGUAAUUGCUUUUAUCAAAUGGUGAUUAGUGAGUUAUAUCGCUACAAGUUGCACCUAAAUCUCUGUUUAGAUGGGAGAGAUGUGUUUUAUAACUUAGUUGUCCUGAAGUUUUUAAAUUUCACUGGACCAACAGUAAUCAGAUGUGUUUAGCUCUGUGUCUGGAACAGGAUUUGACAGGUUUGGGUCUCACACAUGAGGAGAAACACAUCACCAGCUCACAAGUUGUGUCUUAGAGUAAAGCUGUCCAGCAUAGCAAAAAGGACUCCUAUCAUCAAACUGUCCCACAUUCUUGAUGCGCGUAUGCACACACACACACACACACACACACACACACACACACACAUGCAAACACACAUGCAUUUAACACACGAUAUACACAAUACAUGCAAGUUCAAAGUUCACAUUACCAGGUUAAUCUUUUUGGGGGAAAACAUCUUCACCCUCCAGUGUGUAUGAGUUGUGUAAAUGUAACAGAAAAAAAUGUUUAAAAAAAUGCAAGUGAUUGACUAUUAAGACAAAAUGUAGUGUUAUACAUGUAAAUGUGUUUCAUUAAAAAUAACAGCAAUGGAAAACAUAUUAAGUAAUAGAUACCAUAUCGUAUGAAUUUCAUUGCAAUGGAAUUGUCAGUGUAUCAUAAAAGCGUGACGUUAUCCCACGCUGUCAGAUUUGUAUAUGAUGAUGUAAUUUAAAGAUUAUAUUCUAUUGUAACUGUACAACUGUGUUGAGUUGAAAAUGAGACCUAACCAUGUUGAGGCAGUAAAAAGGUGUACAUGUAAAUGCUUUUUUUAUGUUGAUGAUCUCUUCCUUAUGCACACAGGGGACAGCAGCUCAUGUUGUGGAAACCCUAUAUUAGCGGUCUAGAAGAUGUAUGUUCAUAGUUAGUGAUGUACUUUAAUCUCCUAACUGGUGUAGUGCCUGUUCAUCUUGAUGUAACAAGAAGUUCAUUUAAAUAUGCAUAAAGAUGAUUAUGAUCACAGAUAAUAAUGACGAUAGUGAUGAAAAA